GAGACUCUCUACCUCCCCCUCCUCUGCUCUCCUCUCCAUCAGACAGGAAGUUGCUCGCUAGAUUAAUGCCUGUGGGGGGAAGGGAAGCGUUGUCGGCUCACUGGGACAGAGAAACUGGGAGAGGGACGGAGAGAGAAGGAGAGGGAGGUCCUGCUGGUUCCCCUCUGUAGAGCGACAGGCAAUAUAUCACUUAUGACGUCAUCUAACUACAGCCCAGUAACAAAGAUCACACUAGGAGCAGUCAAUGCCAAUGUGGGGAGCCAGAUGAUUAUCAGCACGGCACAGAGAGUUUCACACACAGGGAAUAUUCUCAUAGGUAGCUCCUUUACACACACGCCCACCAUGGUCGCCCAGGGACACACGCAGGACGCCAACAAGUGGACCCCAGGGGCCAAGAAACGAACGCAUGAUUUCAUUGACUCAUAUUUUUCUGACCGGGAUGGGCUGUGCUCAGGAGACUCUUCAGCCAGCAAGUGGCUGAAUAAGGCCGAAAAGAACGGGAAGGGCCUGAGGCAUUUCUCCAUGAAGGUGUGUGAGAAGGUGCAGAAGAAAGGCGCCACUUCCUACAACGAGGUGGCUGACGAACUGGUGGCUGAGUUCACCCACUCCACCACCGUCAUGGCCACAGACUCGCAGGUGUAUGACCAGAAGAACAUCCGCAGGCGCGUGUAUGACGCCCUCAACGUGCUGAUGGCCAUGAAUAUCAUCUCCAAGGAGAAGAAGGAGAUCCGCUGGAUUGGCCUGCCCAACAACUCUGCCCAGGAGUGUCAAAACCUGGAGGUGGAGAAACAGAAAAGCCUGAAGAGGAUCAGGCAGAAGAGAACUCAGCUGGAAGAACUCAUACUGCAGCAAAUCUCUUUUAAGAACCUAGUGCAGAGAAACAAAGCCAGUGAGGCUUCCUCCCUGGCCCCUCCCCCUUCCAGCUCUGUCAUCCAUCUCCCCUUCAUCAUCAUCAACACAGACGUACGCACCGUCACCGACUGCUCCAUCUCCAGCGACAAAUGCGAAUACCUUUUCAACUUCGACAACACCUUUGAGAUCCAUGACGACAUAGAGAUUCUGAAGCACAUGGGGAUGUCCCUGGGCCUGGAGAGUGGGAAGUGCAGCGCAGACAAUCUCAUCCUGGCCAAGUCCCUCAUCCCCAGGUCCCUGGAGACCUACGUCAUAGGCAUGGCCAGAGGCACUAGUCAAACAAGCUCUUUCCCAGGUGACCUGGACUUUGCCUCUUUGAAUGGAAGGCGUAGCUACAGCCACAGUAGCACCGCCUACUCCGAGUCUCAAGGCCAGACGCCCAGCUCCUUCAACAAGGAAGAGGAGGACAAUGACGAUGAUGACAACGAACCCUCUUCCCCAGAGUGACUGACGGACAGACAGCCAGCCAGGCAUCAGUGAUGCCCCGUAUCUCUCUCUCUCUCUGGGACAGGACUCUCGUCUCCUACUCUGUUCACAGGGGGAAUGGAAGUUCUCUGGGGAUAUGGCCAGUUAUACAGGAAAUAGGCAUUCAGGUCUAUGAUAUGAUGUUUUAGAAGCAUUUAUAUCUCUGUUUCUCUCUUAAUUUCUUGCUUGUAGUUAUUUUUGUAAAUGUCUUCAUGGCUGCUGCCCCUGUAUUUCCUGCAGCGGCGAAAAACCUCUACGGGAUCGGUGUCCCGUAGACGGGACGGUUGAGCUAACAUGCGCUAA